AUGGCGACACCUGACGAAAUCUCAGCUCUGGAAUUCAUCAGACAAUGCCUCCUCGAUGAAUUCUCUCCGGUUGAGAGUCCGAGCUUCGUCUCCGAUUCAAUCGACUCUAGCCCGAUAUUCUCUUAUCAGGAUUGCACCAAUAGUGCUAAUUUUGAUCUUUCGAGCUCUGUAUCUGAAUCACUCUGUUCACAGACCUCAAGCUGUGACGAAGUUAACACCACUGAUCUAUCCGAUUUUAUUCCCAAUUCGUUCACUUUUGAGCAAAUUCAAAACGAUUUUUUUGAAUUCGAAUCGAAACCUCAAAUAAUGGAUCUCACGAAUCCAAAGUCGCAAAAUGUGGAACUUGAAUCGAAUUGGCACUCGAGGUUCAACCUUCGCAGGCCGCCGUUGAAGAUCGAUGUGCCUCCGGUGAAGAAAAUUGAGGUUUUGGAACUCACCGAGUCGACUCAGCUAUCGUCAGUGGUGUCUGUAAAGAAACCUAUGAGCACAGAGGAGAGGUUACAUUACAGAGGAGUCCGACGAAGGCCGUGGGGCAAGUUCGCGGCGGAGAUCCGAGAUCCGAACCGUCGCGGAUCCAGGGUUUGGCUCGGGACAUUCGACACCGCCAUUGAAGCCGCCAAAGCUUACGACAGAGCCGCAUUCAAGAUGCGUGGAAGCAAAGCUAUUGUCAACUUUCCGCUCGAGGUCGGGAAGUCGUCUGACACAAUCGCCGCCGUGGACGGCGACCGGAAAAGACAGAGAGACGUGGAAGUGGAGGCGGAGCAGAAGCCGUUGAAGAAGGAACGGUUGCCGGAAUCUGACAAUAGUAAUCCGUUAACGCCGUCUUGUUGGACGGCCGAUUGGGAUCAAAACGUAAACGGUAGCUUUACAUUUCCUCCCUUAUCGCCGUUAUCUCCCCACCCGCCGUUUGGUUACUCUCAGAUUAUGGUCAUAUGAGUGUGUGAUUUGUGGAGUGUAUAAAGAGAGUCUUUGAGAUAUUGAUUUUCCAAAAAAUGAAAUGUAUAUAUUUUGAAUAUGUAUUGCAUGGAU